ACUAUCGAUGGUUUUCUAGCUGUUGUUGUUUCUUUCCUGUCGUUCAUGUAAACAUGUUGUUACGGUUACAUCUACAGACGUCUCUACUCAUAGUCAUCCUUAAUUGCAUAUUGUGUAGUAGCACUGAAGCCAACUUGACUCUUAAUGGGCAAUGGAUGAUUUCAAAUAGUAACAAAAGUAUCAAUGUGGAGGGCCAUGUUCCAGGAACCGUCACCACAUCUCUAGUAAAUGCCAGCAUCAUUGGGAACCCGUAUUACAGAUUUAACGAUGUAGCUUAUCGCUGGAUCGCAUAUGACAACUGGACGUACUCGCGGACAUUUGAAGUUAGCGAUGCUAUUAUGCAAAAGGACACGGUUCAACUCGUCUGCGAUGGACUGGACACUGUUUCUGACAUCACGAUUAAUGGAAAAUUCGUAGGAACGAGCGAGAACAUGUUUGUCAGAUAUGUCUUCAAUGUAAAGCCCAUGAUGACAGUCGGUGAGAACAAGAUCGUGGUUUCGUUUCGUUCGGCGAUCACGUACGCGAAGCGGAAAGCGGACGAGUACAUGCUGAACGUUCCGCCGCUGUGUCCCGCGGGACCGCAGCACGGUGAGUGCCAUCCCAACUUCAUCCGGAAGGAGCAGUGUUCGUUCAGUUGGGACUGGGGACCGGCGUUCAUUCCGCAGGGAAUAUGGAAAGAUAUUGGCAUAGAAGCCUUCAACUCACCAGUGAUCAGAGAUGUUACUGUUGUCACUCACAAAGGGAAUAGCAGCAUUCCUUGGAAUGUGACAGUUACUGCCUUCUUGCAAGCCUCGUCAACGUCAUCGCAGAGCGGCCAUUUUGUUGUCCGGUUUCCCACGCUGAACAUAACGAGCAAGGUCAAAGUUCACCUGAACUCAGCUCUGGAAUAUGCGGUCAAUGCGACAUUAUCCAUACCCAGGGAGGCGGGCGUGGAGACGUGGUGGCCGAAUGGUCUUGGCAAUCAGACGCUGUACAUGGUAGAGGUCACCUUCGCAGCGGACAACAUGGCCGCCUCGCGCCCGCCCAAGGUCGUCCGCAUCGGCUUCCGCACUGUGGAGCUCAUCGAAGACCCGCUCGACAAUCAACAGGGGCAAGGUCUGAGCUUCUAUUUCAAGAUCAACGGAGUACCUGUUUUCAUGAAGGGCUCCAACUGGAUCCCCGCUGAUUCAUUCAAAGAGAAAGUAACGCCAUCUGUAGUCAGAAAUCUACUUCAAUCGGCAGUUGACGCUCACAUGAAUUGUCUUCGUGUGUGGGGAGGAGGCAUCUAUGAGGAGGAGUUCUUCUAUGACAUAGCUGAUGAGCUAGGCAUCAUGCUGUGGCACGACCUGAUGUUCGCCUGCGCUAUGUACCCGACGGACGCCGCAUUCCUCGCCAGCAUCGAGACGGAGGUCACGCAGCAGGUGCGCCACCUGCAGAAACAUCCGUCCAUCCUCCUCUGGGCCGGCAACAAUGAGAACGAGGUCGCUCUCGCCCAGAACUGGUACUUCACGAACUCGGAAUAUGAGCGCUUCAAGGCCGACUACCUACGGCUGUACGUGGAAACGAUCAGGCCGCGCGUGCUAGCGGAGGAUUCUAGCCGGCCGUUCCUCGUCUCCAGCCCGUCGAACGGCAAACAGUCGGAAGCGGAGGGCUGGCUAGCGAAGAAUCCGCAGGAUCCGAAUUACGGGGACGUGCAUUACUAUAACUACGUGGACGACAGCUGGGACUGGAGGAUCUUCCCUCCGGCUCGCUUCGCCUCCGAGUAUGGCUAUCAGUCGUGGCCGUCCUUCGAGUCCCUCGCUAACGUGUCGAUCCCUGAGGACUGGUCUUACUUCAGUCCCUUCAUGCAGCAUAGGCAGCACCACAUCGUGGGGAACUUGAAGAUGCUAUUUCAGAUCGUACGUCACUUUGACCUGCCAGAGUCUCUCGUGACGUGCCCACAGCCUAAGCAAACGUUUCUCGACACGCUAUAUAUGACGCAGGUGAAUCAGGCCAUGAGCAUCAAAACCGAGACGGAAUUUUACCGCCGUGGCCGAGGAACAGAUGCCAACACAAUGGGCGCCCUCUAUUGGCAGCUAAAUGACAUAUGGCAAGGUGCAUCAUGGUCUUCGAUAGAAUAUGGAGGCAAGUGGAAAAUGCUGCAUUACUACGCGGUGCGAUUUUUCGACCCCGUCAUCGUUUCUCCCUUCGAGGAAUUGAUCGAUGGCAAAACUUCAUACCUGCGUGUGUUUGCCAUAUCCGACUUGCAGCGCCCUCUGGUGGCGUCGCUGUCAGUUCAACUGCGGCGAUGGGAUAGUUUUGACGUGGUGCGAGAACUGAACAUUGAUGUAAACAUGGUAAGCAUUUAUAGUGUUUUUGUGUUAUUUUUGUUUAUUGUUUAUUGUUUAUUAUUAUUGUUUUUAUGUCCGCUCCAGCGUAAGCCGGUGAGAGCUGUAUCUAUCAUAGGUGCUAAGGUCACUGGUGUUACGCAGAGCGAGAGCAGCAGCAAUGUUUUCCACAUCCAACUAUCCGCAGACAGCGUGGCGCCGUUCGUGUGGUUGGAAGCGACUGCCUGUAGCGGGCGCUUCUCUGAUAACGGCUUCAUGAUGACCAGUAGAGCGCGUGAGGUGCAGUUUAUCGCCUGGGAGGCGAUGACAGCCGAGAGACUGCAGCAUGCGCUGUCCGUACGAAGCUUGAACGACGUGUAUGCCUCCACCGAGCGGCAUCUCUAAACGCAACUGCAACAUUUUGCAUGCAACAUUUUGCACGCAACAUAUUGCAUGCAACACUUUUACACGCAGCAUAGUUAUGCGCACAGAUGACCACGCGGUACGGGUAUGAUGAGCUAUGUCACGAGGGUAUGACAAUAAUUUGUUUACAUUGAAAUUUUUCUAAUUGUGGAUUGUUAAUUUUUUACUAGAAAUUUAUUCUUAAUGAUAUGGAAAAGUAUAUAUAUAUAUACAUAUAUGAUGAUCAUAAUAACAAAUUGUGAUAGUGGUAACUGGAUGGAUUACUGUGAAUGUAAUUUAAUAUAUACAGGUUUUUGAAGCAUA